AUGGCCAGCAGUCGCGUCAACCCCCUUCACCCACCCACUCGUCUGUCCACGGCGCGGUCCCAAUCGCCGGGCCGUCCGGCGGUACCUAACUAUCAGAAUCUCGACCCGUUACUCGGCAACCUGUCCCCCGAAUCAACUCUCCAAGCGCUGUCCGCAACCGAUGCCGUGCCCCGGAAUGAACAGGCCGCCCACGAUAUCCUCUCCAAAAGUAUCUCGCAAGUCUCCCCAGCAGAGCGCGCCCUCGGUAUCCGCGCAGCCAUUGCAGCCCAGAAGCUCAAUCUAUGGUAUAAAGAAGUCCAGUCUUGGGAAUGGCCGAAACGGAGUGACAUUCAACUAGGGAAGGGCUUCGUACCCCCUCCCGGCGCUGCCGCUGAGGAGUACUGCGGAAGCCUUCCCAAAGCCGUAGUAGAUCAGCAUGAAAAGCGGAUUGAGGAGAUUCGCGAUGGCAUGGAUGUCUUGGAUGUGGAUGAGCUUAAAGAGCACGUUCUCAAUGCCCACAUUCCAGUCCGGUCUCGGCCUUCGUCAGCCAAUAGCACCUUAUCGGUGCCUCCACCACUCAGCUAUGUCCAACUCAGUGACUUCACGGCCGUCAUCACUGCCACCAUUCUCCGCGCUCUUCCGCUUCUUUCGCGCUUGAACAGUCUCUUGUCUACGUGGGACGUCCGAUUGUUGGUUCUGCGCCAGAUACCUGAACUGCUCAGGCGACUGCGUCUGGCGCGUUCCGAACUGGAUUCUGCCUUGGACUUGAUAAAGUCACCCACUCUUCCUGACGAAGAUGGUCCCUUGUACUCUCGCCCUAACUACCAUGCCAAAAGGGCCACCUUAGAACUGACUGUCGUGUCUGCUGGUCGACAAUUGGACCGCGUCCUCGAUGCGCUUGAAGGACGCGAGGACUCGCUUCCCGAGAGCUGGAUUGAUGAUCUGGAGGCUAUCGAGUCAGAAUUCGGAACAUGGGUUAUGGAAGCCGAACGACGUACUGUCGAAAACGAAUGGCGACGAACAAUUGCCACUGCUGAAAAGGAUGCCCAAUAUCAUACCCCGGAGACAGCGCAGGCACAGGCACCACCCGAGAUCAGAGACACCGACAAACUGGCCCUCAACACGUCCGUGCCUGUGUCACAGGCUGGCCACCUAUUCCCCAUGGAGACUAUUGCCGAGGAAGAAGUCAGCAGUCCCGUCGAACCGUCUGCCCCAAGUGACGCUCAGGAUGAUAAGAACUUAACGGCAUCCGAACCGGCCGUCAUGCCGGCUGCUCACAGUGUGAACGAAAACCUUGCAUCUUCCGGUACAUCCGAUGCGACGGAUUCUCUGAUCAAGUCUGUUGAAAGCACUGUCUCCAUCACCCCUCCACAGGAACCCUUGGCAUCUAGCUCCACGGUCAACAUCAUUGCACCUUCUCCCGAUGGGCUAGAAGAGACAGGUACCCGGACCGAUGAACUUCGGGCGCUUCCACCUGUCACUUCGGAGGCUACCCAGUCCUUGGAGGAACCGGAGACUAGCAACGAGACGAGCACAUGCAAUGACUCGACUCCUGAUCACCCUGAUUCCGAGCAUCAUUCCUCCUCGCUUGUUCCUCAACAGACAAUCACAACCAUGCCAUCUGUCAGCCUAUGCGAAACCUGUCCGAGCACACUUGAAGAAGUGACCCCACGGGCUUCUUUAGACAUCCAGGCUCGCGACGCAGGGUUAACCGACCCGUUCAAGAUGGCUACAGAUGCGCCUGCAUUGUUUGAGGAUGGGCGCGCAGAUGUAAUGCCAUCGUUGGAAUCUGAUGCAGUUCGUCAUUCUUCGCCCGAAGUAAAUCUGCAGGCUCCUGCUAGCCCUGACGCACAGUCAUCGGACGCAGGUAGUGUGAUAGUACGGCGACGAACAAGUUCAGCCCAGUCGCCUCUCAGCCUACAGGAAAAGCUUCCCGCAGAUAACGAAGUGGUAUCCAGAGACACCCACAGCACUAGUCCCGUGGUUGAAAGCCGCGAGCAACGGCAGCUCACUCUUGUUCAGAGUGAAGUAGCCAGCCCAGUCAGUGUGGCGGCCCAAACCACUUCCAAUGAUAGUCCUGCUGCGCAGUCAGGCAACCGAAGAGACUCUUGUCAAUUGGUACCUGCGAAUGCUGUUCUUGAGUCUCCUGCCCGCUCGGCAAACUCUAAAAAUGAUAAGCAGCCCCCAAGUCACUCUAUGAACAACGUGCACCAAGAGUCCCAUGGUGGCAAUACACCCAAAAAGCCUCUGGAGAGUCCGAUCAAACUAUCGAAGUCUCGACCAGGGCGCUUAUCUUCUGAAAAGGAGAAAAACAAAUCUCGAGGCCGGCGCACGUCUACUGAUUCGUCUUGUUCUGAUUAUCCAUCACUCGUCUCCAGCCCUGAGAUUCACGAGCCCCGUACAUCCUCUUCCAAUGGAACGCCUCUGCUGCUUGAGACUCCUCCACCAUUUCAGGAUGGCUAUCAGUCAUCCGAUCCAGUACCACCUGGGAGCGACCACACGUUGCGAGAAGAUCGGUUACUCCGCCUGGAUAACCAAAAAUCAUCCCCACGUGCCAAUUUCGCCCAUAAUCGAAACCUCAGUCUUCCCUUGCAGCGUUUCAUCAACGAAAGGCUGGAGAUGAAUUACGAUGACGAAAGCGGUAGUGAUAUGGAUGGCGUCGCUUCCAACAGGAAGUCCACGGAUGUGUAUGCGGAUUUGCGGCUGGGCCAGAAAAAGGCACUGUUGCCUGCACACAUCAGCAAAUUCGCCAUUCCCUCCAACAGCGCACAGCGCGCUGCAACCCAGCCUUUGGAUGCACCAAGUCAAGGAAGCCCUAGACCGGUCACCAAUGGCACCACCGCUAAAGUUCUGUCCAAGGCCUGGGAGCACAAGAAGGGUUCUGUUCCGAAAAAUACAAACCGUAGUGGUCUGCAGUCGGAGCCGCCUGUACACUCCAGCACCAAUCGCUUGAGGAGACAGUUAACUUCGCAUCCUAGUCUUGAGAGUAUCGGGGCGUAUAGAUCCAACACCCGAUCUGGCGAUGACACGUCUUCGGUUACAGCUAUUUCCAGGGCUGGAUCUCGACCAUCCACCCCAGGCUCACAGCUGAGGAAACCCAAAGAUCACCUGGACGAGAAAAUCAGUUCUAUCUUGUCAACCCUUCCUGCUCGAAUCCAUUUGAUGUCAGCUGAUGGUCAAGACUUCGAUGCGGGCUCUGCGGCGACGUCAAUCCCCUUGAAGGCUAGGGAACGAUUCCGUUCCAUAUCGCCCCAGGGAACACCGUCCCGUAGCAGCACACCUACCCCCUCCUUGACCCUGACAGCUGCGCCCUCGCGCAGGAGAUAUUCGCAUGCACACGCCCCAGAGGAGAGCUCUGUGAAGCUCUACCACCUCCAUCGAGGUGGAAAGGUUGCCCCGACCAAACUUUUUGUUCGGUCAGUGGGUGAGAAUGGAGAACGCGUUAUGGUUCGAGUUGGCGGUGGAUGGGCAGACCUGGCUGAAUAUUUGAGGGAGUAUGCCAUCCACCAUGGACGCCGGCAUGUUUCAGAUACCCCUCGUGUUGAAGUCCAGGGCCUGUCCACGCGUACCUCUCCCACGUACUCCGUUAGUGGGCGUCGCACUCCCUCCCGGCCGCGGUCUGUCAUCGGCAAUCGGCCGUCUUCAUCAUUGGCUGUGCGCAAAACCAGACGCACCUCGAACGUGUCGGAUGUAACCGAGUUCCGGGCGGCGCAGGCAGCUGGCGACUCGCUCACUGCCUCGUACUCGCCUAUGUCGACUGUGUCAUCUCGCAGAAGACUGUCAGCUUCAUCCAAUGCCUCAAUGGGCGCUGCCUCUUCAGCGAGCGAGUUCCGUCACGGAUCGUAUUCUCCCUCCACCACUGCUGCAGGUAGCAACUCUCAUUCAAUUCCACUCGGCCUUGCAGGGCCGAAGCCGCGGUCGAGAAAUGUCUCGAUCAGCCCAGAGAGUGAGGCGUGGGUUGAAGAUGUCCUUGGCCAAGCUCGGAGGAGCUCGUCUUUAAGGCCUUAUAACUAUGGCCUGUCAUCCCAGGACCCGGAGCCUGCUUCAGCCAAGGCUCCAACCAUCCCCAAGUCGAGAAGUAUCAGCGACCUGGGAAUGGCCGGUUCUAGCAGACGCGUCGCACUACGCGGACUUGCAAAACGAUAA